CACAAUAAACUCCAUUUCCUUCCAUUUUGGUCUUCUUCUUCUUCUUUCAACCUUUCUCCUGCAUAUAUAUAAAAAAAUCCCAAGAAAGAGAAAGGUAAAAGAUCAAGAAAUAGAUAAUGGGUGCUUGUGCUACUAAACCAAAGGUUUUGAAAGAUGAAAACUCACCGGCCACCGUCCCCGCACCAGAACCGGUCAAGGAAGAAUCCGUUCAGCCGGUUGAAACAAAAGACGAACCGGUGGUCGUGAAGGAAGCUGAUGAAACCAAGCCGAAUUCUCUUGGUUCAUUGCUUGAUAAUGAAGAAAAGAGCAAUGAAACUAAGGUGGAGACAAUAACUGCUGAAGAACCAAAGAUUAAAGAAGAAGCCGCCAUUGUUGAGGCGCCAAAGAAAGUGGAAGAAGCCAUUGUUGAGGCUCCAAAGGAGGCCCCAAAGAAAGCAGAAGUCAUUGUUGAGGCUCCAAAGGAGGCCCCAAAGAAAGAAGAAGUCAUUGUUGAGGCAAAAACAAUGGUUGAAGCUGAAAAGCAAAAGAAAAAGGAAGAAGAAGAAGAAGAAGAAGAAGAGGUUAUUGUUUUGGCUGAAAAGAAAAGUGAAGGAGCUAAGAAAGAAGAACCCAUUGUAAAAGAAGUGAAAACUGAGGCACCCAUUGUUUGAUCAUAGGGAAAUGUAAGGGAAAGUUUAUAUAUAUAUGUAUGUGAGAACUAAGGAGAAAGAAGAAAAACAGGAGGAGGAAGAAGCAAAGGAAACUAGCAACAUAUGUAAUCAUAAACUCAUAAUAUUUUAUGUUGUUUGAUUUUAUGUUUCUUCGGGAAAUAGAGGGAAAAUGUGUUUAUUUUUAAUG